AUGCCGGGGCUGACAAUCGGAGACACCAUCCCCAACCUAGAGGUGGACACCACCCAUGGCCGGGUGAAGCUCCACGACUUCGUCGGCGACAGCUGGGCCGUUAUCUUCUCCCACCCAGGUACCUCUCUCUCUCUCUCUCUCUCCGUCUUCCCUUUCUAUUCUCUCUCCUUGCCGGCCGUCUAUUUCUCCGUCUGACGGUGGGAACGGCGGCGGCGGUGCCGGAGCAGGGGACUUCACGCCGGUGUGCACGACGGAGCUGGGGAGGAUGGCGCUUCAGGUAGGGGAGUUCGAGAAGAGGAGGGUGAAGCUUCUCGGGGUCUCCUGCGAGGACGUCAAGUCCCAUCUCCUCUGGAUCAAGGACAUCGAGCACUACACGGUCAGCCCCCCCUCCUAAUUAAUUCCAUACCCAUAUUUAAAUUUAUUUGCAAAUGUGUCUAUUUUUAUGGCUUACUAAUUAUUUUCGUUUUUUUGGAUUGUUUUUUAAUGGUGAAGCCGGGGUGCAAGGUGACGUAUCCGAUAGUGGCGGAUCCGGACCGAGAUGUGAUCCGAGAGCUGAACAUGGUGGAUCCGGACAAGGUGGAUGAGGAGGGCUUCGAGAUCCCCAACCGGGCCCUCCACGUCAUCUCUCCGGACAAGAAGAUCCAGCUCAGCAUUGUCUACCCGGCGACCACCGGCCGGAAUAUGGACGAGGUGCUGCGGGUUGUGGACCUCCUCCAGGCCGCCGCCGCCGCCCGCCGCAAGGCCAAGGCGCCGCCGCCACCGCCGCUGUUUGCCAGGGCGGCGGCGAGCAAGCUUUGA